CAACUAAAGGUACAUUUGUUUGGACAAAUAUAAUGAUGAUAACAAAUAUAGCUCAUAAGAGUUUAAUUGAAGAGCUGAUAUCAAGCAACUUCCAUGGUUUUCUUGGUAAUAACCAAAAUCACUUAAGUUCUUACAUGAAUAGCUAUAGCAUUGUACUGCCAAAAAAUGUAACUCUUAUGAGCUAUUUUUGUUGUCAUUGUUAUAUUUGUCCAAACAAAGGUGCCUUUACUUGUAUCAGACAUUAAAAUGAACAAGAAACUGAAGAAACAAGGGUGGUCUAAUCAUUUCAAUGACUGUAGGUGAAAAAGACUAUUAUUAGUAUCAACUUCACGCUUUGUUUUAUUGCUGUUCAGUAUUUAUUUUAUUCUAUUUUCUUAUUCUUAUCUCUCAUGUCUUACCUUGGUUGUUUUAUUUUGUGAUGAAGGGAUUAAGUUCAUUCUGACAUUUUUGCACAGCUGCUGGAAAUGUGAAUGUCCCUUGGAGAUGAAUAAAGUAUCUAUCUGUAUAAAUGUUGUGACAUCUUUUGAAAUUUCAUCUUUAUGACAUGGACAUGAUACCGCAUCUGACCCGCCCCUAGCUAGAUGAGCCCGCGCAACACUUAAAAACAUAACAGGCUUCGCUACACCUCUUAAAUCAAGCUCUGCCGACUAUCUGUCAGUUGUGGGAGCUGUACAGUAAGUUUGAACACAUUUUUAAAUAUAUUUUUAAUAACUAAAUGCUGUAUAACUAUUAUACAGGUCAGUACAUGUUUCCAAGGAUUUUUUUUGUUUUGUUUUUAUUUUUGGACAAAGUAUAAUAGUAGACGAUGGAUUAAAAAUCUGGCUAAGGACAUAUUUUUGAUAUUCAACUACAUUUCUAAAUAUAAAUGAUAUGGUUUGUAUUUUUAAGUUUAAUUAGAUUUUUAUUUGAAUUAUUCCCUAAUAUCCUAUUCCUAAUAUCCUAAUUGUUUAUUUUUCUUUUUUCCCCCUUGGUUAUGUUUUGGUGCUGGCAGUCUUUAGUGGUUUUGGGGUUUUUAAAUAAUAAAAAAAACACACACAAGCACAGAGUUGCGCUGCAAAUGAAGGACCGGACCUCGGACACCGCUGCAGUACAACUUAACUAAAAGCCAACAAAAGUUUUUAAAAAUGAACUGUAAAUUCCAGUACAUUUAGAAAAAAUGUUCAAAUUUGGGACUUUUCAAUAUUCAGUUUUGAGCUUUAUUAACAUUUUGGAAUUUGCGUUGUAACUGUUCAAUAAUGGAAUGAAGCGUCAGAUACAACUUGCCUAAUAACUGAGCACACAAUGUAGACAGGCAUAGACAGACCCCACCCCCUUCUCUUUGCCACGCCCCCUGUCCUACUCCCCCCCUCCUCAGUGUUUGAUCCUCAGGGACAUGAAGCCUCAGCAUUCCACUCAUUCCAGCCUUCCAACAAUCACCCACUGAGUCUUUAUGAGCAGUCUGCGCGCUCGGAGGACACAAGGAGGCACGGACACGGAGGGACACGCGUGGAGCGCAAGUUCCUCACUUUUGGACUGGACUUGAGGAGAAACUUCAUUGACCAUUACUGCAACACUGUUGGAGCAUUUCGUGUUCGAAAAAGUGGGAUGAGACCAGGAUUGGCUUCGUUGUGAUUCCUGACCUGUGCCAAGUAAAGUCCCCUCUCUGGGCCGUCCCCUCUGACAUGAGAACCGCCGAGGCCGCCCCCGCGACGGUCCUGCACCGCCUCAUCCAGGAGCAGCUCCGCUUCGGGAAGCUGGCGGACACACGUGCACUGUUGGCGAUCCAGCAGCAGGCCCUGCGUGGGGGGGGACGUGCAGGUGUUGGAGGCGGCGACGGCGGAACAAGCGCCGGUAGUCCUCUCUCCUCUCUAGAGAGCCUGGCCCAGGAGGAGUCCCCGUACAUGCACGUGUCCACCAGGCAGGAUCCUCAAGGCCAGGAGUACCAGGGGAGCAGUGUGCAGCAGGAAAAGCCGCUGAGGAAUUCCAUGCAGCUCCAUGGAGAGGAGCUUCCCACCUACGAGGAGGCCAAGUACCUGAUGUCCCAGAAGGGGGACACGAUGUCUGGGUGUGCUGAGAGAGGACAAUGGGAUGCCAAACGGGAGCACGCUCGCUCUCUCAGCGAGCGCCUCAUGCAGCUGUCUCUGGAGAGGAGCACACAGGAGAACAUUUGGGCUCUGAGCUCCUCACUCAGCUUCCCUCAGCUCUACAGCACCGCAAAUGUCCCUGAAGGACCUCCACUGGACCCGAGAGGACCGCCACCGGAAUACCCUCUGUGUCCCAGCAAGCUUCCCCAGGAAGUCUGCUUCCAAGAACCUCCUCCCCCCUUCCACCCUCAACACAGGAAUGCUCACAAUCCCAUGACGGUGGCUCCCAGCGACGUGUUGAUGCGGGAGAACCAAAGGCUGAGGCAGGAAGUGGAGAUGUACGCCGAGAAGGCGGCACGCUUCAAUAAGCUGGAGAAGGAGAUUGAAAGGAUUUCGGAGGCUUACGAGACGUUGAUGAAGGGCUCGGCCAAGCGGGAAGCUCUGGAGAAGACGAUGAGGAACAAGCUGGAGGCCGAGAUGAAGAGGAUGCACGACUUCAACCGGGACCUGAGAGGUACAUUGUUGAGUGAAAAGCGCAACCACACCGACUGCGGCGGUGUGACGGCGACUUGUCUUUUUCCAGAACAACUGUGCUCAGCCACCAAACACAGAGCGGCCAUGGAAGCAGAAUGCUCGGACCGCAAGCAGCACGUCUUCCUGAAGCUGCUGGAGCAAAAUGAGGAGCAGCAGCGGGAGAAGGAACGACUGGAGAGGAACAUCCAGCACUUGCGUCUCUCGGCCGAGGAAAGCCAGCGAGCACGCGAGCUCCUGGAGAAGGCGCUGCUGUCAUCGCACGCUCGCAACCGGCAGCUGGAGGAGGAGCUUCAGAGGAAGCGGGCCUACGUGGAGAAGGUGGAGCGCCUUCAGAGCUCGCUGGCCCAGCUGCAGGCGGCGUGCGAGAAGCGGGAAGCGCUGGAGCUGCGGCUGCGCACCAGGCUGGAGCAGGAACUGAAGAGCAUGCGCACGCAACAGAACCAGACCUCAGGCGCAGUGGCUUCUGUGGCAAGCUCCUCCUUGUCGCAGCAGCAGCUGAGGGAGCGGGAGGAGCGUAUCUUGGCCCUGGAGGCUGACAUCACCAAGUGGGAGCAGAAAUAUCUGGAGGAGAGCACCAUGAGGCAGUUUGCCAUGGACGCUGCCGCCACCGCUGCAGCACAGAGAGACACAACCAUCAUCAACAACUCGCCUGGACAUUCACCUGACAGCAGUUUUAACGAGGAUCUGCCUCCUUCCAGUCCCAGACACCAGGAGAUGGAGAACAGAAUCCGAGCCUUGCAUGUUCAGCUCCUGGAGAAGGACGCCGUGAUCAGGGUCCUCCAGCAGCGCUCCAGGUGGGAGCAGAGCAAGCUGGAGAAACAGGGCCUCCGGCUGGCCAGGUCCGUCCCAUCCAUCUCCACAGCGAGCGGCAGCAUCGAAACAAAAGCAAAGAGCCUCUCGGAUGACCAGACAAGUGGCGCCGUGCUGCGACGGCGGGACUCCAGCACCCAAUGUGACGAGGCCCCGCUCAGGACGGCUGCCACCGACACCUCAGAGGAACCGGACCUCGGAGGAGUGAAGAGCAUCAACAGAACAGAUGCAGACAUGGUGGAGAUCCUCAUUUGAUCCUCAUCCACGUGACUCUGAAGAAGCUUUCCAACCUUGCAGAGUUGGGCUCACAAGCCCAAAACACCUCAAGGAAUGUGAGAUGUUAGCACACGUGUGUCUGUGUCUUAUUUAUUUCUUAUGUGUCAUCGCUGCUCAUGUUGUUCAUGCUUUUUAUUAUUGUUUAUUAUUAUUUAAAUUUAAAUUUAAAUGAAGCAAUGGGAGUGAUUGUCGUGGGUGGAAGCAUCUCUUCUGUGUAACAGAGCGACAUAUUUAAAUUAUUAUUUAUCUUUGGCUUGCAGCGUAGCAGAUCAUCCAGACGUGUCGAAAGUCCAUUUAGUUGUUCUUUUAAAGACUUUAUAGCAGAUCCGAAAGGAAAAACAAGUACAAUCUGAUGCAAUAAUGCUUUUUUAUCGUCACGAUCUUGUCUUCCUACCAUGCCAAUGCUGACAUUGGCAAAGCAUGGUGGUAGCGUCAUGGCCUGGGGCAGCACAAGUGCUGCCGGCACUGGGGAGCUGCGGUUUACUGAGUGGAAACAAAUGUACUGUGAUGUGUAAAAGAAAAACAACAAAAAACACAAGAUGAUGUUUUUAAAAAUAGCUGGUACUAGCAAGAUAACUGUCUUGCCUGCAUUGUUUUCUGUGGCUGCACGAGUGCUGCUGUGUUAAAAACGUGAGAUCUGAUUGACAAGAUUAGAAAAGUGGACGUCCCUUUUUAAAAGAAUUAUUUGUGUGAAACAGGGUCAUUGGCGGUUUUAGCUAUGGAACACUUGGACAAUUGCCCAUAGGGGCAUUCUUUAGGGGGUGCAGCAAGGACUAGGUGGAAAAAAAAAUUAUAUUUAUAUUUGCUCAUUUUCUCGUUCGUGUGUGGGCCCUCUACAGGCGGGAUACGGGUGUACCUUAUACAUGUUCACAUGGAGUGGAUACAGCUAAACCGAAUCUCGAACAGAGCAUGACUCUCUUACUACGUACUGUAGUGAGUUGCAUAGGAAUUGAUCAGAGGUUAACUUCAACUUGCUUUCAGGAAGUGCUUUUUUAUUUGCAACUAGCAUCUCAGCAAAUACGCUAACUCACACAAAAGAACAGAGGAUCAUCAACUCAAACCACUAUCUCACUCACGGUUUUGAAAACACAAGCGCAAGGCAUGCUGGGAAGCCCACUCUCACACUUAGCAUGCCAUGAGUGAGAUGGUGGUUAGAGUUGAUGACCCUCUCUUCUUUUGUGCUGUUUGUAAAGAGCACCUCGAUGGAGGGGGGUCUCACAUAGGGUGCCGUUGAAGCUAGAACCGUCACGGCACGGGGUCACAUCAUCCUGAUUCCCAGUUCGGAACGCACUCGCCUCGCACUGGAAGCUAAUCUUCUCACAUUCCUUGCCGAGGGAACGCUCCCGUUAAAAAAAAAAGGCUAUCUAAAGUCUGACCCUUCGCCCUCGUUAAAAUGGCGCACAUUCUCUACAUGAUUCCCUUCCUGGGCUCUCGGACCCGUGGCGGCCGGUUCCGCCAUCAGCGUGUAUUAUUGGAGCGCGUUUGCCAUUCUAUUUGUCGUCCCCCGUCACCAAGAACUGCUCAAGCAUCCUCAGCAUGGAUUCUAUUCUAUUUAUUUCUGCCUGAUGGCUCAACACGUCUGAAUGUAGACUCCCGUUGGCUUGGAAUGUCUGUUUUUUUUAUUGAACUGGAAUGUGCUACAGGUCACAUUUGUUCCACUCUGGAAGGGGAAUACCGCCCAAAUAAAGCGCGUGGCCAAGCGGCUGGUCUAGUCCAGUUUGGAAGUGUUGCAUUCUUGUUUAAUUCUGACACUUAAUGCCUCCCGUUCAAGCGCUCACAUCUCAUCCCCCGCCCCCCACGGUGCAUUAGCUGGUCAAUGCAGUAUGACAGAAAUGUCCCUCGGAAUGUGUUUACAUGGAAUGUGCCUGUUUCACAUUUUUUUUCUUGCAUUUGUGUUGUUUCCUGGUGCCAAAGAUGUACUUUUUAUUUUGGAAGUUGUAAUCCUACACACACACACACAAACAAAAGGUUCUGAUGAGGGCUCUUGCCUCACCUGGUUGACGCUGCUGUGAACCUGUUGUAAAGUAUGUAUUUCUUUAUGUCACCACAAGAGAUAAAAAGUGUUAAUAUA